AGGCACUCGCCAUUUACGAUGGCUUUAUUACUUAGUAGAUUCUUCCAUGCAAUUGGAAUUUAUUUAUCUUAUGAAGUAUUAAAGAUAGCUCCUUUAUUACAAUUUUUAUUCGUAGUCAAAUUAUGCUGUGCUUUGCUAUAUGUCAUUCUGCAAAAACCGAUAUCCAGUGGGAGACCCAUAGAAAAAAUUGAGUGGUAUAAAAUUACUCUACACGCCGUCAUUCUGGUACUUUUACAAUGGCUAUAUCUUAUAGGAAUGAGAUUAUGUGGCCCUUUAAGGACAAUUUUAGUUUUUGAAAAUAGCGAUGUAGUAGUACUGACAGUUUUAUCUGCAGUAUAUAGCUUUAAUUUAAGGUCUAAGAAAUUAGGAGUCUACCUGUUCGUACUGGCUUUAUUUUCUCUCCUAUUCUUUGAUAAUGACGACGCUAUCAACAGUAAUAUUGAAAAUUCUGACGAACAACAUAACACGAUCUUGCGAUAUAUAGUACAGAGUUUAAGUUGGAUUGGAUUAUCAGACCAUAAGGGUGGUAUUGUGUUAUUAUUCAUAGUUUUAUGCAUGAGUAUUGCACACGAUAGCGUCUUAAGAAAAUCUGCUGUCGAAAUUGGAGGAGCUAAACGUAUGAAUGCGUUAGUUACGGCAAUGGAGGCUGCAAUAAUAUCACCUCUUGUAUUGAUCCAGUACCUCCUAAAUACUGUAAUCAGUUGGUUCACUGCCAAUUUUACCUAUUUAUUUGUUAUAGUUUUGACCACAUACGUUGGUAGCUACUAUAUAAAAGCUAUCGUCACGGCGCGUAGUAGCGCUCAAUUUGUGGCCUUUAUUUCGCCUUUGGCUUCUUUUAUUAGUGCACUAAUAGUUGCUUACAUAUGGGCGCUUCCUGGCUUAGCUUUUUUACCAGUACGUUCUGCGACCGCUUCCUCCAAAGAUCAUGCUUUUUCAGCAGGAGUUAUUCUUAGUGUUGUUUGCUUCAGUUUAGGUAUGAUUAUCUUAUCAGAAGCACUGCAACAAAGAAAUGUUAAGGGACAACUGAUUGGAUUUUCGGAAGGCGGUUUACCACUUUACAAUGCAGGAAUGGCAAAUAAUUCUAGUAAAAGGUCAUUUACUAGCGUAAUGAGAAAUAGCAUCUAUCAAAUCCUUGGUCAAAGUCAUACCAGAAGAAUUUUUUUCUACCUGUGUUUAAAUUUGGCCUUUACCGCGGUAGAACUGCUGUAUGGUGUUCUUACGAAUAGUCUUGGCCUUAUAUCUGAUGGCUUUCAUAUGCUUUUUGAUUCCACUGCUUUGGUAAUUGGCUUAUAUGCAGCUCUUGUUGCAAAAUGGAAAUCUACCAAGAGCUUUUCGUUUGGCUUUGGUCGCGUAGAAGUCUUGUCUGGUUUCCUUAACGGUAUAUUUUUAGUGGUGAUUGCUAUCUUUAUUUUCAUGGAAGCGAUUCAUAGAUUGAUAGAUCCACCAGAAGUUCGUUCGGAACGAUUAGUGUUGGUAUCGUUUCUUGGUCUAUUAGUGAAUAUGGUUGGCAUUUUUAGCUUGCGACAUUCUCAUUUUGAGGCUCAUGGUCAUUCUCAUGAUUCUAAUAUGCAUGGUGUCUUUUUACACGUUCUAGCAGAUACAUUAGGAAGUGUUGGUGUUAUCGUUUCGUCACUUCUUAUCCAAACUUUUGGAUGGUUGAUAGCUGAUCCAAUAUGCUCUCUUUUAAUAUCUAUUUUAAUAUUCAUGAGUGUCUUACCAUUGUUGAGACAAUCAAUUAGUGUUUUACUGUUAAGAGUUCCAUUUGGUCAUGAACAGAAAUUAUCAAAUCUGUUAAAACAGGUUUUAUCUGUUAAUGGAGUAAUAUCCUAUCAGAACCCACAAUUCUGGCGUCACUCUUCCGAUACUAUUGCUGGUACAUUGCAUGUACGAGCAAAGAUGUCCGCUAACGAGCAAAGUAUCAUUACGCGGAUUCAUGCCAUUUUUAAGGAUUUAGGAAUUAAAUAUUUUACAGUUCAGGUAGAGAAAGACACCUACUAUAAACAAAUCUCGAGCCCAUAUAAUGGAAGUACUGGGUGA